AUGCCGACAUUCAAGGACAUCAAGGCGAAGAAUGCGCAGUUCGCCGCAUCUGCGCGCGAGAAUGCAGGGAAGCCGCGCAUCCGCAGCAACGCCGCCGCUUCCUCGGCCGACGCUGGCGAAGACGCAUCGUUCGAGGCCAAGCAAGCCGCGGCCAAGCGCGGGAGAUCCAACGUCCGACCCGCGCGCAGGGAGCGCAACGCCGCCGCGAGCAAGGGCUUGGUUGGAGGAAGCCUGCGCAACAACAAGCUCGCGCUCGGCCUCAUUGUGUUUGUCGUCAUUGGCGGAGUGUUCUUCGAGCUGAUGCGCUUGUUCUUGUAG